CAGAUGAGACAAAAGGACGCUAAAAAAUCCUGUUCUCAGAAAAACAUCGGAAAUUUUAAAUAGAUACAUAAUAAUGACGCGAAAAUUUCUACUAGAAAACCUUUAGAAACUCCUAAGGAAUAUACUUGUCGCCUAAAAUGGACGAUCUUUGCACUGCCUGCCUCUGUACAGGAAGGAAUUUAUACUUCAUCGGAGACACCGAUGUUAAUCAAAUAUAUACGGAAAUCAUUAAUGAAAUAGUGGUGUAUGACAUAUCUCAGAUAUGCGUAAGAGUCUGUUGGGAGUGUAUGGCAAAGUUGAGGAGGUUCCGCGGCUUCAAAGAGCAAAUUAAGUCGUGUUACUCACAGCUGGUGCAGUGCUUACAUCAGGGAGAAGAGGACUCAAAACUUGGUCUAACCAGACCACCUCGCUUAGCAAUCCAUACGGUACACACACUAUCCUGCCCGGACAUCAAGACUGAAUUCGACUCACUUCACAUCGACGGAGACACAUACGAUGAUUCUAGUCACAAUUAUGACGUGGAAGCCAAUGGUGACGUUGAAGAUUUUAAAGAAGAGGAAUAUUUAGAACCGGACACAUUCGUCAAUGAUUUUGAUGUUAUUAAUAAGAAGGAAGAUGAAGUUUAUAACAAGGUUAAGCCAAUAAGAAUAAAAGAUAAGAAGAAGAAAGAAAAGGUGAAAAAGAAUAUAAAAGUGAAAAGAAAAAAGAUAAAAGCGGAAGACAAACUGAAUACAGAUGAGUCGUGCCUUCAACGCAAAUCACAGGAGUUAAAAAAUAAAAGAGAAGAUAAGAGUCAAUGUGUGUCUCAGGAUAAGAAUGAGACAGAAGAUAGACCUGUUAAGGCCCCAGUAAUUCUCGCCGCGGCGCAACCUCGGAAGCCCCGGGAGCCCCGCAGGCCGGGUGAGAAGCCCGAGUGCAUCGAAUGCGGGAAGGUGUUCAGCUCAAGGAAGACGCUUCGGUACCAUCUCAAUGUUAUUCAUAACGGUAACAACAGCCACCCAUGUCCUCGCUGCGAUAAAGUAUUCCAAUGGAAAUCAAAUCUAUGGAGACAUUUGCGAAGCCAUAAGGCUCGCGAAACAGGAGAACUAUACUGUGAGACAUGCGAUAAAAGGUUCGCGUCACUUGCGACAUACAAACAACACUUGGCAGUGUCCAAGCAGCACGUGUCCGAAGGCGAAUACAGUUUUUCCUGUUCGGACUGCGGUAAGAAGUUUGUGAACAAGACGCGGCUGAGGGACCACAUAGACUGGGAACAUCUGCAGAAAAUCAAGUUUAGAUGCCAGCUCUGUAACAAGCCAUUUAAAUGUCACACAUCGUUAUACGUUCACAUGAAGAAUGUACACAAAAAUAAGGGGCUGAAGGAUAAUUUGUGCCAUGUCUGUGGGAAGUCAUACCAAAAUCUUGCCAAGCUGCGUUACCACAUAGUGGCUAUGCACACCACGGAGACGCCCUAUCAGUGUGAGCAGUGCAGCGCCGCCUUCGGAUGGUACUCCAGCCUCUAUCGACAUGUUAGAGAAGUACACUAUAAGAUCAAGAUACACAAACGCAACAAGACGAAGAAGUUGAAGAAGCCAGCGGAGCUCCCGGGGGCUCUGCCCCCCUUACUGCCGCCACACUUGAUGACCGUGCCGCAGGCGGGGCUGCCCUAGCUUGCCCACAAAGGAUAUAACCGUGAUGUUUGAUAUAUUUCUGUCUGAACAUAACAUAAAUAGCCUAUAUACAGAGUGUUAGUGACAACGUAACGAAUACUCAGGGGGAUGAUUCAGGCCAUGAUUCUGAGUUAAUAUCAAGUGGAGUUGAGUCACUUACACUCACAGAAUGUUAGUGACAUCGUAACGAAAACCUUGAGUGAUGAUUCAGACCGUGUUUCUAAGUUGAUAUCAAGUGGAAUGUCGCAAAAGUAUGGAACUGAAAAUUAUUUUAAAAAGCAGUAAAAUUUUCAUGAUUUUUCCGACAGGGAAUUCCACUUGAUAUCAACUCGGAAUAAUGAGUUGAACCAUCCCCCUCAGUAUUUGUUACGAUGUCACUAACACCCAUACGUACUUAUAUGGCUACCUGAAUGUACUGGUACAGGGUGUAAGUGACAUCGUAACGAAUACUGAGGGGGAUGAUUCAGCUCAUUAUUCUGAGUUCUGAGUUGAUAUCAAGUGGAAUUUUCCGUCGGAAAAGUACUUAUAGAAUUGAAUAAAUUUAGUUUUGUUUUUUAAAAAACAUGAGUUUUACGACGGAAAAUUCUACUUGAUAUCAACUCUGAAUCGUGGUCUGAAUCAUUCCCCUCGUUUUCGUUCUCAAUCAUUCAUUCGUUAGGCCCUGCGCAGACGACAGACUAUCCUUGACGCACUUUUUAGUCUGUGAAAAUAUAACCUAUGCAAUUAUAUGCAGUAACGCGCCGGACUUUUUG